CUAUGAUUAUAAGAAAUGAAACAAACCGUUUGUGAUUUUUUUGGCUUCCUUGUUAUAAACGUUUGUAUUCAUGUUUUGGCGGACAACGAGAAUAAGAAUGACCUUCAAGAGAAUCCUCCACUUCGGGCACUUAAAGUUGGCGACAUAUUCACAGCGCAGGAGGUGUUUCCUAUAGCGCAAAAGUUGAUGGCUCUCGUACCGAAAGAAUUUAUUUUGGGAGAAGGCAAAGGUAUUGUGAGUUCUAGCAAAAGCCCCGAGAUACUGUCAGACAAGUUAUUUACACAACUUUUUAUGACAUAUAACAGAAUGGUAAAAUUAAAAGCCGACGACUUACUUUAUCUUGAUUUGCUUCAAGCUCUGGCCUUGAGCGGGCAUGUUUUUGAGAAGUCGGGAAAAUUCUAUGAGGACAUGUUUGCGAGCUACCUCAACGCAUGGUCUGAUUAUCCUAAGAAGGAAACGCAAUCGGAAUGUCAAAUAGUCCUCAUAGGAAAAGUGGCGACCGAUACUCGAAAGAGAACGUUAAAAAUUGCGCAAAAAUUGGCUAAAAAACGAAAAUUGAAAGUUGGGCGCAAGUCUAUAUCUAUAUCUGAAACGAACGAAACCACGUCACCUGGAUCAAUAUCCACUCUACAAACUGAAAGUGAAACUGGACAUAUGAAAGUAAUGGAGGCCGUGUCUAUACCAAAACCUGCACCUACGAAACCUGGACUUCAUGAACAUGAACCAACUACAGCACUGACUGAAAGUCCAAAUGAAAUAGGUAACCUUUGCCGCUGGGAAUACGAUUGCUCUAAUACUGCAAACACAAUAAAAUGCGGGCCCAAGAUGGUAUGCGAUUUGACGAAUAAGACAGUAAAUAAUAUGGAUAUCCCCAUCAAACACGAUGAGAAUGAGCACACGGCGGGUUUUAAAGAAUUUCGAAAAGCUAUUGGCGUUUGUAUCGUAGAUGAAGAAGUAGCAAAAAUACUUUUUCAUCGCUAUUCUUUAAUUGAAGAUGGAGAUACGAAGCCAUUUUCAGAAUCCGAAAGUUUAAAUGACUACUUUAGCAGAGUUAUGGCGAAGAUUAGCAGUACAAAGACUAAUUAUGAUAAAUUGUACACGAAACCUAUGUCCAACAAUAUCGACGUAACCACGCCAUCAACCAUUGCAUCCACGCCUCCAUUAGAUCAGAAUACUACAAGUACAUCAAGAAUAGUAAUAAAUUUUGCCAAUGCUACAACAAAGGGAGCGCAAAUACGUAUCCAUGUACAAAAAAAUAGUAGUUGAUUAAACCUCUCACGAGAGAAGACGACUCCUCCUGGAGGUUCUGCAAUUAUAAAAAUAAAAGGUUCUACAACAGACCGUACACUUUCCAAUAUGCAGUAAUCAUGAAAACCCAAGCCCCCUUGGUAUAAAAACAAUUUAAAGGCAACAAAUUUAUAACUAAAAUCAUAGUAUAAUCGAGAAGAUAGGUAACUUCAUACAAACGUAACAACGUGGUUUGUAUGUGUGCGCGCCGGUCGCGUGCCGUGUACGGACGCGCGCAUUCGCAUAAUCUCGAGAUACACUCGCGUUGCUUACCACUGGUUGUCCAUGCGCCUUUCAUUAUUAUGUCAAUGUGUGCCGCGCUGUUACUGAGUAUAAAGUUACCAUACUUGUUUUAGCUUACUAUGCUAAAGCUGUGACAUUGGUUUAAGCACUUUACUUUACACACACAUUUACCCUCUUUUCCUAUAAUAAAAUAUUAUUAAC